AUGCAAUUCGCAUUGGUCUUCCUCCUGUACCUGAUUCUCGUAGCAGUUGUAGCAAUUCCGGCAACCAUGACGAUGAGAAGAGUCCACGCAUCCAUGCUUUCGGACGACGACCUGGCCAUCGUACCUUUCCACCGCGGCGAUAGAUCUCGAUUACAUCCCUACGACAAACGUUCUCAUAUCCGCCACCCGGGUUUGACCGUCGCGGAAGCAUUCAAUACAAUCACCUGGGACGCAUACCUUCGGGUCCUGUUCGUCUAUUUUCAGUAUUUUGCGAUCAACCAGCUAGUCCAGUUGGCCUAUUGGAGCGCCAACUGGAAGCUGCAUCAGGUCCUUGCGGUCGACAAGUACGCGUCCACGAACCUUCCAUGCUCGCCUGUCAACAAGCUCCUCCCUUUCGCCGAACGAAAUGCCUCGGCUGAGGCGUACAGGGGAUUCUUCCAUCCGAGUCCUCAUAGCGAACUGUGA